AAAUCGUAGAUGUUAAUAAUGUGCUGCUAUUGCUGUGGAAGUACUGGCAAAACGUAUGGGGAUAGCUGUCACUGUAUCGCGAGAUUUGGUGAAGGCGCCAUAAGUAAUAAAGAAGCUUGUGAAAAUUGCUACAAAUGCUAUGCUCAUUGUAAUUGUGAGUUUGGAAUCGAUUAAGGUUAAUCGAUUGAUUAAUCGACUAAGACUGUUAAUCGAUUAAGGUAUCUCAAAAAUCGGUUAAUCGAUUAAAAUUAUCAUCCCAUAAUUCUGGUCAAAUUAUCUAAUGCGGCCCAGAGCUGUGAAUUUUUGGUCACGUGUUCUCCGAACUUGGAAGAAUUUGUAUUAAUUUUUUAAUGAUAAUAAUAAUAAAUAAGACUUUCCUAUAAC